AGUGGAUUUUCCGGAAGAAUAAACGAACCAUACGCAUUGCAAUAGUCUCGUGUUCGGCACAGUCGGAUUUGUCUCGGUCAGUAUCCAUCUAGCCUUACUCCCUGCUUGACGCCAGCCAGCAUUCACAGUAAUCCAGUGCGCAUGGUAGUAAUAGUAAUUUAAAUUCAUUUUGGCCACAGACACAAAUCACGAAGGGAUGGCAGAAAAUUUUGAUUACAUUGCUGAAAAACCUAGCGCGUCGUUUUCACUGUUCGGUUUUAUUAGUGAAAUGUACCCUGAUGUUGAAGAGUCUUUCCAUGGUUAUAUGUUUGCAAUCGCAAAGUCCUGUUGAUCACAAGUACUGCAUUACAAAGAAAAAACCGUGAUUGAUGCAUCGGAAAAUAUUCGUUAACAGCAUUGAAGCAACCAACAUAAUUACAGCGCUAGUGCAGAGGCCGAAGUCAGUAUAUCGAACCUGAUUUUCUAUGAAUUUCACUAUCAAAAAAAUAGAAAUUCUCAUCCAGAGGUGGUGCGUUAUACUCUACAUAAUCUAAGCUGUUUGACAAAAGCUUGGCUUAUACUAUCGCUACGAUCUGCAACGGUUCUCGACGGGAGGUUUCACUAAGCAUGGCUCGCAUCGCCGAGGAUAGUGAUUUUGAGGCACUGAAAAAAUUGGUCGACGACCACCAAGGUUGGACAUUGGAGCUCGCGAAAUCUGACACGCAGGUCUACACACGACCGGUUGCCGGAUGUAAUUUCAAUAUGGUUAAAAUCCACACGGAGUUUGUCGAGGUUACAGCGGACAUCCUGUUUGAUGUGCUGCACGAUCCGGACUACCGAAAGGUCUGGGAUUCUCAUAUGUUGGCCAGCGAAGAAAUUGGUAUACUCAACGUCAACAAUGAUGUCGGAUACUACGCCAUGUCCUGUCCUCCCCCGUUGAAACCUCGAGAUUUCGUCCUCCAGCGAUCAUGGCUCGAUACUGGACCCGAAGGAGAGCAGAUGCUGCUGUCUCGCUCGGUGCCCCAUAGAAACUAUCCUCCAAAGAAAGGAUACGUGAGGGCAAUGUCCUACAUUACAGGGUUUGUUAUAAAAACCAACGUAAACUCAAAGACUGGAUGUACGUUAAAGUAUGUGGCGCACUGUGAUCCCCAGGGAACACUUCCGCCGUGGUUGGUGAAUAAGGUUACGCACACGUUGGGACCGCGAAUGGUAAAAGAUCUGAAGAAGGCAGCUCUCGGUUAUGUUAGUUGGAAGCAAUCGCAGCCACACUUGCGAAAACCUUGGCGAUUUCCGGAAGAAAUAAGCUGCCCACGGAUAUCAAUCGAAGAUUGUUUGGAGCUAAAACCUCUUCCAGUCGCGUCCAAAUCCACGGCACGUGUAUUGCCUUCGAUUCCAAACCUACAGACGAGCAAUGGAAAGAUACUAACUGGAAAACAAGCUUCACCGUCUACACCCAGCUCGGUUACACCAACUACACCCACGGCGAGUUCCACAAACGGAGGUCCUAACAUUAGCAAAAAAGAAGACAAGGAGAAAAAGUUGCUAGCAAAGAAGGAGAAAUCGGAAGCGAAGCUGAAUGCUAGCGUUUCAAAUGGUUGUAAUAGCGGUAGUAAUAAUGUUAGUAGCAGUAGUAGUAGUAAGAAGGAUACGAAGAAAGCAAACAAGGAAUGCAAAGACGACAGUAGCGUGAAAGAAAAGAAAAAAGAAGGAGGCCUGAAGAAGCGAAGAUCAUUGUUGAGUUUAAAAUUCUAGAUAGUUAGCAAAUUUAUUGAGUAAAUACAACAUAUAUGCAACAAAUGAAACAUGUACGCACAUUGCGGUUGGAACACUAGAUAAAUUCAUUCAAAUUCAAACGGUUCAAAGCAAUGUAAGAAAAAUCUAAUGAUUCGAGGAAUCCUAUAUAUCCAUAUCAAGGCAAAUCUACACAAUGUCACAUUACCUAAAUCGAGGUGACCGGCUGCUCUUUAGACAAAGACACUAAACAACCGUUUUAAAACACUUUCUUUGAAUCCCUUUUCUAAAGGAGUCAAAACGACUUAUAAAUGUAUAUAAACUUGUUUCCACAAACAUUUGUUGAAGAUCAGAAUCAGUGUUAAAAAAUCAUAUUUUGAAUUAUUUUCAAAGACAUUUAAUUAAUCUACAUAUUGGUGUAACGGUUUAGUUUAGCAAUCAUCUGUAGUUUUAUUUUAUUUUGAUAACUAUUGUUUCAUUUUUAUUCAGAGCUCAUAACUCCCGAGGCCUUUCCUAGCUAUUACCUACAAUAAAAAAUCAUCUAAACUCAACGAAAUAACUUCAUUUAGUUAGACGAUUUUUAGCUAUAUGCAAUUGGAUAAAAUCCUCUUCACAAUCAUUCAUACCAAAUAAACUUCUCGUCUGUUUUCAAGACUGUUUUAUACGUAGCUAAAACGAUACGCCAUGACAAUGUGUUGUGAGUCUUUUCUGCCUGUCAAGUAUAAAGUAGGAGAAACAAACAUAGCGAACUACUUUCCAAACAAUGAACUUCCGUUGCAACAAAUUACAUUCCAAGUGAAAUAAAUGUAUAGUUAAAUACUAGUGUUUAUUACGAAAACAUCUUAGCCACGCCAAUACAGUAGUGGGUUGAGUAGUUGGUUAGUAGGUGCUGUGAGAAAGUUGAAUCUGUGAGUAAAUUUGUUUUUCUUCUUGUAAUAAUCGAUACUAGUUACAGACAUUUUCUCUUGCAGAGUUUUACAAUACGAAGUUGAAUUUGUCGAUUUCUGUUGACAUUAUAUUAAUCGUUAAAUAAAAGGGAACUUUUAAA